UCGAGGACACUCGAAAAACUACAAGACGGGUCCUCAACUUAUCGUGAGUGAAGAAAAAAAAAGAGAUAGACAAUCAGGAGAGACUGAAUGCGACGGUUGCAAUCACGAGAUUUCAAUCAAAAGAAAUUUUUCGGAAGUGCUUUAGCGGUAGUAUCGACCAUCAGAACUCUCGAAACAACGGAUUUUUAAUUGGAGGAGGGAAACAAUUGUGUUGAAACUGUUAAUUAGUGAUUCAUAGUCUCUCAUGUGAUAAAAAUAACGUGAACAACAGGAUUUUUUUAGAUUUGAGUGAAUGAGUCCUUGUGAAUUUGUUGAACGUGACUCUCGUGAUUAUUUUUUGCAAUUGGCGAGAGCACUUAGUGAGCAACAUUGACCCGUGGAUUAUGCAUUGACAGUGAUAGAAUAAAUAACCCAGUGCAACAUGGAGGAUAAGGGCAAAAUUCUUCCUUGGUCCUUGCUGACUUAUCCGCCGAAUCUGCUUAAUCAUGUGUGGUACAGCCAACUACUGAAUGCAAGACUGCUGGAGAGCAUGAAAAUGCCAGUUGCAUCGAGAACUAGUUCGGGUUUUCACAUUAGUGAUAUUUUGGAGCUGAACGAGGCGAAGCCAACGGCAACCGACGAUAGUAAUGGAACACCAACAGCCCUCCCAUCUCCUGGUGAACUACCGUCAGCGUACCAGCAGCUUCUAGAACACACGACAGCGAUGCUGCAACCAUCCCUCCACGGUAAUCUCCGAGGGAGUCUACCGCCACCUCCACCACCACCACCCCCGACAUUACCACCGCCUGGCCUCCUGGGUUGGCCGACGGGUCCAAUCCUGCCGGUGGCUAUGCCGCAAACCCUUGCUGAAAUGACCGUUCAUCCGCAGCAACAAAGUCAACAGCAGCAGCCAGACUCAACAAGUCCGACAAUAUCCGACCUGUCAUUCCCCUCGCACCAAGACAAUGGAAAUGAAUCAUCAAAAGAAGAGGAGCAGGACUUCGAGGAGAUCGAGGAGCAUCAGUCUGAUGAUAGAAACGAUGACAAGCGAUCACACGACCCCAACGACUCUUCCCACUGUAGUAAGAAGCAGAGAAAGCGACGAGUUUUAUUCUCAAAAGCACAGACGUACGAGCUGGAGAGACGAUUCAGACAGCAGAGGUACCUCAGUGCACCAGAGAGAGAACACUUGGCUUCCAUCAUCUGUCUGACACCCACUCAGGUGAAGAUAUGGUUUCAAAAUCACAGGUACAAGACGAAACGCGCCCAGAAUGAACGAGUAGAAGCUGGUGGCAGUGGUUGUUCACCCAGAAGAGUGGCUGUUCCUGUUCUCGUCAGAGAUGGUAAACCUUGUCAAUCGAAGUUAAUUGAAUCAACGUAUCCCAGUGCUGCCAGUGGACAAGUAUCCAUGGCUGCUCCGUACAUGCAAAAGCCCUACUGGUGGUGAAAUUCAGUUGUUUAUAUCAAAGAUACAAUCACAAUCGGUGCAAGUGGAUGUUCAUCAUCAGUGACAUAAGUAUUGUAUUCGUAAUAUCAUCGUCAGAUUAUCUAUCCAACACUCCACAAUUUCCCUCUUCCCCUUCCUCUCCUCCUUCACGACUUGUAAAAUUGCGUAAUCGUUUUAUUAGUACAAAAAUGAUAGGAUUUUUAUAUCUGUCUGAUAACGCUGAGAUUGAGCUGCUUUUUUGUUAAUCAACUUGAAAGCACGUGUAGCAAGUCACGGAAAAAAAAAAAAUUGUGAGAGUGGAACGAAGAAAACCAUGCGUAUUAUAUCAAAGGGGAGAUUGCGACAAUUUUUCGUUAUGUGGUUAGAUGGAAAUAUUAGGUUUAGGAUGAUUGAAAAGUUGGACUUUUUGAUCCAGAGUUUUAUGGUGAUGUUCGCAAUUCUCGUUACCUUAUAUCACGAUAAGUAUUUAUUGUAGCAGGUUGUAUAUAUGUACAUUAUGUAUGAUAAUAGUGAAAUAUAAUAUAUAACCGCAAGGAAAGCGUAUGUACGAA